CGUGCUUUUACUCUGUGUUACAUUAUUGCUUUCUGAGAAAAUCAUAGUGAUAAAUGGAUUAGUCGUAUACUAGAUAGUGAUGUGUCCCCCAUGCUUGAUUAUGGAGUUGCAGAUUCCUUCAUAGAUUUUUGGCAGUUGCAAUCCUAUGUGAUGGAAAUACCAAAUGAUUCAGGCUCUAAGAAACCAAAGAGACUGACAUCUGUUGUGUGGAAUCACUUUGAAAGGGUCAGGAAGGCUGACAUUUGUUAUGCCGUUUGUGUGCAUUGUAACAAGAAGCUUAGUGGAUCGAGUAACAGUGGUACUACUCAUUUGAGAAAUCACUUGAUGCGAUGUCUUAAAAGAUCAAAUUUCGAUGUUUCUCAACUACUUGCAGCAAAGAGAAGGAAAAAAGAUAAUACCGUCAGCCUCGCAAAUAUUAGUUUUGAUGAAGAUCAGAGGAAAGAAGAGUAUCUGAAGCCAACAGCAAUCAUCAAGUUUGAACAAGAACACAAGAAAGAUGAAAUCACUAAUUUCUGGAGUAGUAAAUUUGAUCAGGAGAGAAGUCGACUUGAUCUUGCACGCAUGAUUAUAUUGCAUGGGUACCCCUUAGGUAUGGCUGAACAUAUAGGGUUCAAGGUCUUUGUGAAAAACCUCCAACCUAUGUUUGAAUUUGUGUCCAAUAGUGGUGUAGAGAUUUCCUGCAUGGAUAUCUACAGAAGAGAGAAAGAGAAAGUUCUUGACUUGAUAAACAAGUUACAUGGAAGAAUCAAUUUGUCUGUUGAACAGUGGUCUUCAAUGGAAAAUUCUUCAUAUUUGUGUUCAGUUGCACAUUAUAUUGAUGAGGAAUGGACAUUACAGAAGAAGAUCCUGAACUUUAUCACACUUGAUUCUUCUCAUACUGAUGACAUGCUUCCAGAAGUGAUUAUCAAAUGUCUUAAUGAAUGGGAUAUUGACUGUAAGCUGUUUGCUAUAACGCUAGAUGACUGUUCUAUUGAUGAUGACAUCACUUUGAGAAUCAAAGAGCAAAUUUCUGAGAAAAGGCCUUUUCUAAGUACUCGUCAAUUACUUGACAUUCGCUCUGCAGCACAUGUAUUAAAUUCCAUUGUUCAUGAUGCCAUGGACGCAUUGCGUGGAGUAAUAAAAAAGAUCCGAGAAAGCAUUAGAUAUAUCAGAAGUUCACAAGAUAUACAGGGAAAAUUUAAUGAGAUUGCUCAGCAUGCUGGAAUUAACUCUGAGAAGGCUUUAGUUCUUGAUUGUCCUGGCCUUUGGAACACAACAUAUCACAUGCUUGAAAAUGCACUGGAAUACAAGCCUGCAUUUUCUCCCUUCCAAGAGCAUGAUCCCUCUUAUUCAUCAGCUCUUACUGAUGAAGAGUGGCAAUGGACGAAUUCUGUCACUGGUUAUUUGAAACUUUUAGUUGAAGUCACUGGUAUCAUUUCAAGCAACAAAAACCCGACUGCAAAUAUUUACUUCCCUGAGAUUUGUGACAUACAUAUCCAAUUAAUUGACUGGUGCAGAAGUUCGGAUAGUUUUCUUAGUUCCAUCGCUUCAAAGAUGAAAGCUAGAUUUGAUAAAUACUGGAGCAAGUGCAGUUUGGCUCUAGCAGUAGCAGCUAUUUUAGAUCCCCGGUUUAAAAUGAAGUUAGUUGAAUAUUACUACUCCCAGAUUUAUGGCAGCACUGCUUUGGAUCGUAUCAAGGAAGUUUCUGAUGGGAUCAAAGAACUUUUCAAUGCGUACUCUAUCUGUUCAACGAUGGUUGAUCAAGGCUCAGCUUUGCCAGGCAGCAGCUUACCUAGUACAAAUAAUGAAACUAGGGAUAGACUAAAAGGUUUUGACAAAUUUCUUCAUGAGACUUCUCAGAGCCAGAGCCUUACAUCAGACUUGGACAAGUAUCUAGAGGAACCAAUCUUUCCUCGUAACUCUGAUUUCAACAUAUUGAAUUGGUGGAAAGUUCACACGCCAAGAUACCCGAUCUUGUCAAUGAUGGCCCGUGACAUUCUUGCGACUCCCAUGUCAACAGUGGCUCCAGAAUUGGCAUUUAGUGCUGGGGGGAGAAUGCUAGAUCCCAGUCGUAGUUCACUAAACCCUGAUGUACGACAAGCUUUAAUAUGCACUCAAGAUUGGCUCCGGAAUGAAUCAGGAGAUGUCAACACAUCCGCAAGUGCUUCUGCCGUUCCUCUACCCCUUCUCAUUGAAUCAAGUUAACAUUUUCCAGGUCAUGAUUCCGUAAUUGAUAUCUCAUACUAGAAAACCAUCCACAUGCAGUUGUAAAUUUUACUUAACUGAAUUAUGAGUCAUGUUGCAAGGUUGAUUGAUCUGUCGUUGUGGCUCACAAGACAUCUCUUGUGGUUUACAGACAAUGUCAGGUCUUAAAGAAGCUGCAUGAGGGUUUUCAAGUAAGCCUUUUUGUUUCUUCAUCCUGUUCAUAAUGUCGCUGAGAGGUAGUCAAUAAACCGAGCUUGCAAGUACCUUAUCAUGAGGCAAUGUACAUUCUUAGGACAGCGAUGCUUGUGUAAAUGAUACUCACAGGAAACUUUUCUCUCUAAAUUGCUGACUAGAAGAGGUCGACUCUCGAGUUUGUACAGAGGGUUGCAUGCCCUUAAAUAUGGAAAUUUCUGUUACACAGUUC